AUGGUAGAAUAUAAUAUAUUUGAACACUCAUGUGAAAUACUAUGUGUACAUUUAGGUAAAAAGCUCGGGAAAAAGCAAAAUAUACAAGAUAUAAAAGAAGAACAAAAUACUCCUACUCUUCAGAAAAAUGUAUUAUACAACGGUAAGAUUCAUAUUCUUUAAAAAAUAUUUUAGAGAAUUUGUUAAUUUGACCAUUAUAAUAGAAAGGUAUAAUAAUUAAUUAAUGAACCAUUUUUAAUAGCAAAUCCUAUUAAUGCUUUAAAAACAAUAAUCAUACCACACAGUCUACAAGAACAAUUCGAAUGUGUAGUGGAUAAACAUGUUUUUAUUGACAAUCCAUGGAAGAAAAUUUCUCGUGCAAAAAUUAUUGAAAAUAUAACGUCACAAAAUAAAAAAUCAUGUUUCUGGGAAUUUCGUGAGGAACUUCGGGUAAAAACAAAUUGCAACGAUAAUUUUUGUUUUAGUGGAAAAAAUAAAAUAAUUGUAUUAAUGUUUUUAUCUAUUCAGAAAAUAAAAAAAGAACAUAUUUUAGUUAGUUAUAAGUCUAGCAAUUAUACAGAUGAAGAAUUUGUAAUUUGCCUCACGGAUCAAGCUAUAGAAUUUAUAGAAACUCAACAAACUCAAUUAGAAAAUGGAUUGAAAGAGAGAGUCGAAAAAUCCAUGGUUAAAUUUUCAGGUGCUUGGGAAUCAGGAGGUACCGAAAAUGAAAUCGAAGAAAUGAUACCUGUCCGAAUACGUGAAAAGGUAUGACAUCAGUCAAGUUAAAUGAAAAUCCAAACCAUAAAUAUAUCUAUGUGGGCUUUAAACAUACUAAUUUUAGAUUCUGAGUGGAACGAAGAAGCUUAUGGUUUUACAAAGAUGUUUAUUUUUUUUCUGUGGACAACUUUUCUAUUAGAUAUCUUCUUCAAAUUUUUAAGCGUAGUACCUUUUCUAAAAUGAAAUCGGUUUGGAAAGGUACUUUAAAGAGGUAAUUUUUCAAUUUUCUAAGGAGUUUUCUCAAUAAAUGUGAUGAAUCAAAAAAAAAAAAAAAAACUACUGAAAAACGGGAAAACGUAGGAAAAAUGGGAUCCAUUUUAAUUUUGGAAUUGGAAUAAUUUGAAUUUUACCAUAAUAUGACAUAUAUAUUGUUAAAAAAGUAGCACUAUCAACUGAACUCCACUCAGAAUAGUUUUUUCCUUUGCAAUAGUUUAUUGUUGCUUGCAGUUGUACAUAAAAUUACUUUUAACAGUCGCUGCAUCUGACCCCAUUAUCCUAGGACGUCUUUUUGAUUUUCAGUUAACAUUUAAAUGGAAAGUUCCAACAGACCGACUCCAAGCUAAAGCAAAUUUUGAAGACUCAAAUUCAAAAUCAAUACGAAAUCAAUAUGUAGAAUUGAUACCUCGAUCAAAUGAAAUAUUUGAAAUUAGCGAUAGAUUAUUAAAGGAUUCAAGUGUUCAAGUAAUCUAACAAUCUAUAUAUGUUUUCCAUGAUAAAAUGAUUUAUAAUUUCAUGAUAUAUUUAUAUUAAUUGUAUAGACAACCCUUUUAAACCACAAAGAAACACAAACAGUUUCAAAAAUCUACCAAAAUAAAUCUAUUCAGUUUAUUGCCGUAGAAGAAGAUAUGUUUCAACCACAACUUCUUAUUGAAUCAGAUAUCUAUUUGAAGAGUUUUUUUGAAAAACACGUACCUUAGUAUAAAAUCAAAUUUAUAACUUAGUAUACUCGUAAUUUGUAUCAACUAAUUACUAAUUGCAUUGAUUACAUAAAAUAAUAGGCACCUACUAUAUGAAAUUAAACAUAAACCUAUCCAUAAUCUGGUAUGCAAAAAGUAGUACCUGUUAUAUUGUAUAUGAAUUGUAUUGAGAUAUUAUGUGGGGUUCUAUUUUACAUAAAUUAGUGUGUAUGCGAUAUGUCUGAGAUCUUUUAUGUCAAAAUAUGUGAUACUUGAAAUAAGAGAUUUAAAAUGUUAUUGUGAGCGAGGUUCUAAAAUACCUAACUAAUAUGAUAUUACACACAUGUGUAUAUCGAGAGACGCUAGAUGAUAUCUGGUAUAGCAAAUUGAGUGUGGGAGGAAUGCAAACAAAUUCUAUCGUUCUGAUCAUAUUUGAACCUGUGACUAGUAGAUCAUUUCCUUUCCAAACCUAAUACCCAAACUAUCAAGAUAGACUAACUUAUCUACCAAUUAAUAAGAAAUAAGAAAUAAGAAAUAAGUAGCUCUACAAUUUUACAUUUGUUUUUUUUUUUGUCACCCUUAUUUUUGGGUAUAAAACCUGUAUUUUUAAUUUUCAAAUGGCAACCUAUAUUAAAAAUUCCAUAAAUAGAUGAUGUAUUAUUUUAAAAUAAAUUUUAGUGUUCAAAUAUUUUAUUUCUGUCAAUCCGUUGACGAAAUAUUCUACUUUUAAGUUUGGGUUAGAGAACAUUAGUGGAGUAUCAUUUGUGUGGCAGUACAGUGCAUGGCGUGUUAAUAAUGCACCACUACUCUCCUCAAACCUAAAAUUAAAAGUGAAAUAUUUCGUCUAAAAUUUAUUUUAACUAAUACUAAUAAUAUAAUUAAAUAAAUAAAUUAAAAUAUUUACAAAAAAUUAACUAAACUGAAACCCCACGUUUAUUAUACGUGCUGUGUUUAUUAUAGCUACAGAACACAUAUUGAACAUAUAUGUCAGCUAUGUUAUGAAUUAUCUUGUUAUUAAUGGUUACCUACUUGUUAUUUUAUUUUCAGUUUUGAGAAUGAAUUACAUCAAAAUCAGUUGUACGAUCUGUACCGGGAUGAUUAUAAACUAUUAAAGAAUAAAAAUGACAAAUCAUAUAUUAGAUGCACUAAAGACAUAAAACUUCUGCCUGGAGCAUAUCAUAACGUAGCCUUUCCAAAAAAAUAUGUAUCCAGUUAUACUUGGCAUCCUACAAUACCAGGUAUAAUAAUUAUUAUAAAUAAAUACAUUUUAAAUUAUAAUUUUAGAAUGCAUCAUUUUUAGGUAUUUUUGCACUUACUUAUAUGACGAGUAGUAAUGGGUUGUACAAGAGAAUAAACAUAGAAAACCCUGCUGAAAAAAUGGCUAAAUUAACAAUCAAAGAACGAGAUAAAUUAAAAUGUAUAGAUGACCAAAAUAACUUUGUCGUCAUUUGGUCAAUUAGCGAUAUGAUUUUUCCAAAGGUAUUCCAUUGAGUCAAUACUUAUAUACAUUUUGCAUUACUAUGUAACAUAGUGUGUAGCAGAAUUAUUACAUAUAAACUAUUUAUAGUUACCCAAAAUGUUGUAUUAAUUUUUAGUUAAAAUUGGAAAGUUUUGAAGAAGUAUGUUGUGUUGAAUUUAGUCCUAUUGAUGGUAAUAUUGUUGUGGGAGGAUUAAACAAUGGACUGAUAUCCAUAUGGGAUAUUAAAGGAAAAUUGAAUAAUACACUGCGUGGAGGUGAAUGCUGUCAUGAGGAACUCUGCGUAAGAAUUGAAAACUAAUAUAGUAACAUAUUAAAAUAACUUUAAUCAAAAUAAUAAAAACGUAGAUUGUAACGCUUGUAACGUUGAAGCUUUUAUAUUUUUUCUAUAAAUCCAAUUUAAUGCUUACCUGAAUACAAAUUUGAUUGAUUAGGUUAUGUUAAAAUCUACUAAUUUUAUGAUACCGUUUUUAUUUUCCAUAAUGUAUAUUUUAUAGUUUUGUGAUUAUAAAUACAUAUUUUUCCGUACAUAUAGUGCCUAGAUUUAUAUUAAUUAUGUGAAGUAUAUUUAAUGAGAUCAAUUUUCCAUACUUUUAAUCUUGGCAUCUCCUUUUUUCCUCUCUUAGCUGUUCGAUUUGUUAUUGCUGUUUUCAUCCGUCUUGUCGAGACUUUUAAUCUUAUCUUUUGAGAUAUUUACCUCAUACAAUAAGUCAAACAAUAAUUGACUCUAUCCUAAACAUUCAAUCAACAUGCCUACUACACCACAAACCACUGUUAGCUUUAAUAUUGCAAAAUAAAAUUUAAAAAAAUAAACAUUACAUGGUAAGCAAUGUUGCCACAUAUCACACAUAAAUUGUACUUUCAUGCUUUUUAUUUCAGAAAUGGGUUCCCCUGCUAAAUUGUAAAUACUAAAAACUGUACUGCAGAACGCUCCUAUUGCAAAUCUUAGUCCGAUUUUAUUGACACUAUCUAAUCAGUUCAGUAUUGAAUUCUGUAAUUCUGUAAUUCAAUAUUCGAUGCUGUUUUAUACAAAAUUGCAAAAUUUAUACUAAAUUGAUUCAUUAAAUUGAUGAAAUUUCUUUUGCUAACUAUAGUAUUUAACUUGGAAAUAAUGUUAUGUCUCCAAGUGCAGUAAUAUGCUUUGACAAUAUCUAGAUUUACUAUUCCCAUUAUUUAUAUGUUUUUGAACGGUUGAAAGAUAUUUUCUUUAACUUCAAUAAGAUUAUCUAUUGUACUUCAGGUUUUUAUAAAACCAUUAAGUCUAUAAUUUUUUCAAGUAGUUUGCACAUCGUGUUAAAUAACGUAAUUGGUCUGUAUCCUUCGUUAUAAAACUUUUAUUUUCCAGAUUUUGGGAUUCAAACAGCAACCCCACUAUUCCACGUUUCAGGCUACGCUCCCACACUAAGAAUUUUAUUGUACAGUGUUGUUAGUAAUUUGAAUGCUCUUCUUCCGAAAUUUUGAAUGAAUUCAUAGUGAAUUUGGUUUGGUUCAGGACUUUUACUUUUGAAUUUCAUUAGGAAAUGACUAAGUUAAAGAUAAAUCUAAAAUACCAAAUUAUUUUCACUAAAAUGUUGAUAAUUUACGAAUUUCCACAACGAUGCAACUACCCUCUGGCAGUCCAAAACAUAAAUAUAGUUACAUCCUUUUCAUACCUCAUGCGUUCGUUGUAUUUAAACAUAUUGAAGUUGAAAAUUUCACAGUCAUGUCAUUAUUCUACCGGAGUGGCAAUAUGUAUGCAUAUAUAGAUCAUAUACUGUUGUUUAUUUUUUUCUUUGUGAACAACUUUUCUAUCAGCAAUUUUGCUCCGAUAUACAACGAUACCACUUUUUCUGAAAAAAAAUCAGGCUGGUUGGCUACUUAAGAGAGGUUAUUUUUUAAUUUUCCCAUGUGUUUUCUCAAUAAAUUGAAAAAACCAAAAAAAAAAACUAAAAUAAAUCCCAUCUUCCAACUACUUACUUACAACAGUGGCCACACCCGUCAUCAGUAUCAGAGGAUACAUUUUUAAACAUUUUUCACAUUAAUGUUAUAUUAUAAUAAGUUAAAUUGCAAUACAUUAAUACAUACUACUUUAUUAUGAUACAGCAGUGCACCUAAUUUAUAAUAUAGUGUUACGAAAAUACCCAAUUCAAGCUAAAAUAUAAUAUAAUAUAUUAAUAAUGAAAUAAACGGGUUCGUGUAAAAAAACCGGAAAUUUUCAGCCAAAUCGUAAUUUAGAAGACCAAAAAAUUUAGUCACAAAUAUUUUAUCGGAACCGUAUUUCAACUGACGUGUCGACACUUCGUCACUUUAACUAUACCAUAAACAUUUUGGAACAUUUUUUUUGCACACAUUCAACAUUUUACCAUUUACUUGUAGGUUAUACAUGACAGUUAUAAACCUAUUAUAGGUAGUCCUAAGUGCUGAUUUUUUGACAAAUAUAAUUACCCCCCUUUUUUUUCUAUUUGAAUACCAUCCAUUAAUGUUUAAACUUGUGCUUCUAAGUUUCCUAAUUUACAGAACUCUUCAAAUAUAAAGUUUUAUAAUUUUCAGCGCUAGUCAUUAGCCAACCAACUCUAUUAUAUUAAAUUAUAGUUAACUAUAAUGUACUUAAUAAUUAAUAACUGCAUAUUUUUUUAUAAUAUCUUAUUAUAUUUAUGGAGUUAUAAUAAAUUAAAAUAUUGAGACAUAAUAUGAUUAACAUAAUUAUAUUACAUUCGUUAUUGGUGUUUCGGUAAGGAUUUUGCAAUGACAAAUCUUUACUGUUAAAUACAUCAGUGUUUAUAUUCCUGAAAUGUGUAUAUGAAAACACAAAAGGAGAGAAACUAAAUACAAUAAAAAAAUAUUAAAAUAUACCUAUCUUCAUUUGCAUGAAAACUUUGUGAACCUUUAGCUAAAGCUAAAGUCAAUAACAUCUUACUUCUCGACAUUUCAUUUUAAAUAAUUAACAAUGAACAGUGAACAUGUCUUAUAACAAACUUACACGCAACAAUUACUUUAAAUAAUAAUAUAUUAUGUUUAUAUAUUAAAAUAACUGAUAAUAAUUAAUAAAUAUAAUUUUAUUACUGUACCUACAUAGGAAUAAUAUUUUUUAAAACGCGUGAUAUUGGUUAGGUACCGCGACAGAUUAAAUAUAUAUAUAUUCGCUUUAUGGCACUGCCAAUAUAAAUGUGUAAAAAUUAUGUCAAACAAUGAUAAGUGCUAUUAAUAAAAAUGCACAAACAUGAUAAUCGUCCAAAAUCAGUAAUUAUCAGGUUUUGACCUAAAAAAAAAUACAUCAAUUUUAAUAAGUGAAAUAUCAUAUAUUGUCAUAAAAUAAUUUGCCCUUUCACGAAAGAUAUCAAUUAUAGUUUUUGCUAUAACUUCUUGGAUAUUGGAGCUACAAAUAUCAUGUUUUGACACCAUUAAUUAUAGAACUUGAACAACACUUAUCAUACAUAAUCUCAAAAUCGCAUUUUUGCACACAUCAUGUUUUGGCUCUCAACCACAGUAAUACGUGUCCGCUGAAAUACGGUUCGGAUAAAAUAUGGUUAGGAUUAUUUAUUGUUCGUCUUAAAUAAUGUCGGAUUAAAUAUUGUCGGCUAAAGUACUAUCGGCUAUAAUAUUUUCAGCUAAAAUGUGGCCCUUGAAACAAACAUUUAAGUUAAAAUUGAACUAUAAAUUCAGUUUUUAACUUACCUUUUAGAGAAAAAUUAACUAUUUAUGUUGUAAGACAAUAUUGAUGUUGAACAAUUAAGAAUGUCUAGAUGCUAAAAUUAUCCAUUUACAUGAAAUGGACAUGUACUCUAUUUACACUAAAAUAAUUUGACAUAUGCAUCAAUAUAUAUAUAUAAACUGUUCAAUACACAUACUGUUUUUUUUUUUUUAUAAUUAUAUUUUGGUGUUUUUUCUUAGAUGGAAAAUAUUUUUGUAUUUAUGUUAAUUAUGCUAAUUCUAUAUUGUUCAAAACAAGCAUUGGAUCAUUUUAAGGGCAUAACAUCUGGGCCCGAAUCAUGAUUACUAUCUAAAAUAUUUCGGUAAUGAUUAUAAUACCCGUUGACGCAAACUAAAAACGCAUUUAUGUCAGUUAAAACUUAAAACAGUGUUAAAUGUAUACUUCCAGUUAAAUAUAAGAUUAAUUUAAUGGGUUUUAUUGUUUUAUAAAAUCAAUAGCCUAUUGUUACAUCGUUAUUCAAUACAACAAUUAUUGUAGAUGUCUAAAAUUUAGUAUUUUUAACUUUUAUAGUAAAAUAAAUAAAUAUACAUUUUCUUUAUAGAUGCAACUUGAAAAUACCACAAAUUUAACAACAGACUUAAAAAGUGAACAUUUAAUCAAACUGACAGCAUUGAGUGCUAUUAUUGAAUCGCAUACGUCUAUGGUAACUGCUAUACAGUGGAUUCAUCCAUUGAAUGAAGUAAGUAAAUUUACAUGAAAUAAUAUAGUAUACAUAUUUAUUAUUAUUAUUAUGUAUAAUAAUAUCUAACUGAUUAAUUAUAUUAUAAUAUUUCUGUAUAAAACUUGAACAUUUAUAAUAAAUCAGUUGUUUUGUCACAAGUUUGGAAAAUAAAGUAGGUCAUUAGGUGCAUUUUUAGUUCUAAUUGAUAAUAAACAUAAAAUAUACACAAAAAACCUCCCAAAACAACUUUAAUAAUUAGUUAACUAUAUAAAUGUUGAACAGUAAAAUACAAUUUUUAUUUAUAAUUUUAUUAGCUAGUAGGGUAUUAAAAAAGCCAGAGAUCAACCAAAAUUAUAAUUUUAUGAAUUGUGGAUUGCAUUACUUACCGUUUUUUUUUCUUCAAACUAAAAAUCGAAUAAAUCCGACAGGACAAUCAAUCUAUCAUAAGACAUUUAGUAUCUCGGAAAGUAUUAACGCGUUUCGACAUUCAUUUUACAGAUAAUUUUAGAAACAAGUAGCUCUGCAAUUUUACAUUUAUGUUAUUUUUUCAUCUUAAUUUUUGGUGGUAAAAGUAUUAUCUACUUUUGAUUUUUAAAUACCAAUCUAUAUUGAAAAUUGCAUAUAGAUGGAGUAGAAGUUAAAAUAAAUUUUGAUGUUUAAAUUUUAAAUUUCCAUCUAUCCAUUGACGAGAUAUUACACUUUUAGGUUUGGGUCGGAGGAUUUUCUUCUAUCUGAAUAUCAAUACCUAUCGUAUUGUGUAAGUUGUGCUGUUAAUAUGCCAGUUGUAUUGUUCGUACGCUAAAGUUUUUAUUCGUAUUUUGCUCCGUUAAUUUCAAAUACUAAAAUAACAUGCACUGACACUAGUACUACAACUAAAAGUUAUAUUAAAAAUCUUGAUAUUAAGUUGAUUGAAGAAACACUUGAAUCCACCACGAUAAACUCCUUUAUAAUCAAUAAGUACUUUGACGUUUUUUGUCAUUUGCAUUCGCAUAAAAAAACCUGUAUAAACUAGUGCUACAAUUACUGCAAGGGAAGUUAAUGCUUUUUGGGAAAAAGCCGAAACUCCUACGAAAACAGAAUGCCACGUUAUCGAUAAAUUUACACUGAAAUAGCAACAUAUUAAAAAAGUGCUGAAGACGAACAUCAAAACAAUUAGAGAUAGAAUCUGCAGUAUUUUUCAGUGACUUUGAAAAUUUAUUUGCUAUUACUCAUAAAGAUGUUUAAUUUGUACUACAAAAUUUCCCUUUUUCUAAAAGUCGAUUUGUAAACUGUGGCAAAAACAAAUUUAUCAUAAUACAAACUGCGGAAAAACUGAUAAGAUACAAACUGCGGAAAUUAAUUUUCUAUAUUUAUUAGAUAUACACUAUAUAUUAUAAUAUAUAUAUAUUUAUAAAUCGAUACGAUGAACUAAAAUCGAUUAAAUUCGUAAGACGAACCUAAAUUUUUUUUUACUCAAGUACUAAAUAUUGGUUCUUUUACUUGUGAUAUUAUUACUUAUUAUAAGUGGCUGAAUUUAAACCGAAAAUAUUAUAGCUGACAGUUUUUAUUUGUUGGCUAAAAUACUGUCGGCUACAAUAUUUUUGGCUAGAAUAUAACUCCUCGUGCUAAAUAGUACUAUCACAAGUAAAAGAAUCAAUUUUUAGUACCUAUGUAAAAAUAAAUUUGGAUUUACCUUAUCAAUUUAAUGGAUUUUAGUUUAUCGUAUCGAUACAUAAAUAUAUUAUAUAUUAUUUAUAUAUAUUAUAUAUCUAAUAAGUAUAUCAAAUAAAUUGCUGCAGUUUGUAUCUUAUCGGUUUUGCCGCAGUUUGAAUUAUGUUAAAUUUAUUAUAUGGAUGAAUAAUUUAAGUAGGUGAGACCAUCAGAAAAUAACAAUCAUUUUUUUCUUAUCGCCCUAGUGAAUAUUUCAACUAUAAAUAAAUUAAGGACUUACAUAAUUAUUUGUUUUUCAUAAUACUCGCAAAGUAUUAUUACUUUUAUACUUAGUUUUUGUUAUUUAGUUAAGUAUUUAUUUAUAGUUAUUAGUUAUUAGUAUUUAUAGUUUUAUAGUUAGUUAAGUUCAAAAAAAAAAAAAAAUAAUAAUAAUAAUCUAUUUGUUGUAUUUAGAUAACACCAUUCGGAAAAUUAGUGAACACAGAAGAGGGAAAUUUCUCCUUGCAAUUUUUUGCUGCAUCCUUGGACGGCACCGUGAAACUUUGGGAUUUGAAUUCUACACUGCCGGUGGAGACAAAUAAAAAAAAAACAGAAAACUUUAAUAAAUACAACUCGCCAUUGUCUGUUUACAACAAUCGUCUAAAGCCUUUAUAUACGGUUAUUUUUUACUUUGAUUAAUUAUUAUAAAUAUACACUAUAUGACUGAUGUAUAUAAGUGAUCAAUAAUAUAGAUCACGUAUAAAUUUAUACCUAUGAUAUUAUAUACUAGCUGUACAAACAAAUUAUAAUAACCUGCCUCCCUGUAGAAACAAUUGAUUAUAAUAAAACAAUUUAUUUAUUUUGGUGAACGCCACAAAUAAACCAACAAAAGUGAGGUAUAUCUAAACUUUUUGAAUUUUGAAUUAAUAUUUAAAAAUCCACCAUUGGUUAACUUAAAUAAUUAUUUUAAAAAAAAAACUAAUAAUUUAGACUUACUUUUUAUAUAUUUAUAAAAAACAAAAUAAAUAUGGGGUCAUGUUUCUGUAAACUACCAUUUACUACUUUAUCCAGAUAUAUUCCUGACCAAAAUACACAUAAAAAAAAAUUAGUUUUAGGCCAGUAGAUAAUGCCAUACUAUACAUAAACUAAUAAGUCUGUGGUAAAAUACUGCGAAUAAAAAUCUAUUUUUGGAUAAAAAACAUUAAUUUUUUGCUUUAGAUAACAAUAACGGACAUUGAAAACGUUAUAACUCCCACAUCUCCAAUAAUUCCUAUUACAGCAUUAUCUUUCAAUAUACCUCUGUUGAAGUACACUACAUCGAACGAACCAUUGAUAUUUGGUGAAUCACAGUUUCAAUACGGUAUACAAUAUUCCAUACUCAGUAAAACGUAAUAUUAUUUUAUUCUGUUAUAUUAUAUUACAGUUCCAACGGCGCAAAAUAAAUCGGACCGUUUAUUGGUCAUUGGUACCAUUAUGGGUCAAGUAGGCGUUGUCACUUGGAAUGGUUUUGGUGCAGACUACAAGGGAAAAUUGAAUGAAAGUAUGCAAUAGUAACGGUAUAGUAAGAACAAAUUUACCUACAAAUUGUAUAUAAAUUUUCAGAAUGCAAACCUAAUUGGUGGGGACAAGUGCACGAUGGACCAGUUACCUGUAUAAGAAGAAAUAUGUUUUAUCCAGACAUUUAUUUGGUAUGCGGGGGACGCGUAGCAUCCAUAACAAGUUUGAACUACCAAGUACAUUUAGAAAAGCCUAACUAUUCAUAAAUAAUAAAUACAAUUUUCAUAUAAAUAUAUUAUAAUUUAUAACUUUUAAGAUCUUUACUAUUUUUGUGUUUUAAAUAGUUAUUUAACUUGAAUGAGUAAAGGGAAUUUGAAAUUUAAAAAAAAUAAUACAAAUAUUUGUUUUAUAGAAACUUCCAUUGUGGUACAAAGAGUUCAACAAUUUGACAAAUAGCGUCUUAUGGUCUGCUGUUCACCCCGCAGAAUUCCGAGUGUCUUUCAAUAAUGGCGGUGAAUUACAAUUUUGGGAUUUUAAAAAAUACACUCAUCAACCAUAUCAAAUAUUCAAUUAUACCCUAGGCGGCGGGCUUAUAGCCAGUAAGUGCUGUGAUCAUAAUUCUUAUAUAUAUAUAAAAGAACAUACCUUUUUUAUGUUCCAAUUUUGUGAAGGCACUAUUAAACUUUUAGAUUCUGAGAGGAGCGAAGAAGCUGAUGGUUUUACAAAAAUGUUAUUUUUAAUUUUUUUUUUUUAUUUGCGAAACUUUUUUAUGAGAAAUCUUGCUUUGAUUUUUAAGUGUAGCACUUAUUUCUGAAAGAAAAUUGGGAAAUCGAGACGGAGGGAAAAUGGGAAAAUCUAAAUAAUGUAUAGGUAUUAGUUAAAUUUUUUACUGUGAAUAACUUUUCUACCAACAAUUUUGCUCCAACUUAUAAUCAUAGCAACUUUUCUAAAAGGAGAUUUCACAGAGCAGGUACUUUAUAGACGUCAUUUAUUAAAUUUUCCCGGAGUUUUCUUAAUAAAUGUUAAAAACAGGGAAAAAAACAUGGGAAACCAAGAAAACCGAAAAAAUCGGUAUAUAAUUAUACAAAUAUUAUUAAAGAAAGUAUAUAAAACCAAUUUAAUUAUUUUACUAUAAUAUGGCAUAUAUAUAUAUAUUGUUGACAUAGGAACAUUAUCAACUGAAUUCCGCUCAGAAUCGGUUUUUCGUAAGCAAUGGUUUAUUGUUGCUUACAUGUAUGUAUUAAAUUAUUUAUAUCAGUGGCUACACUUAUUCCCAUUAUACUAAAACGUCUUUUUUUCAAUUUUUUUUUCACAGAGUUGUUCCAAAUACUCUCUGGAGUGUCACCAUGUCACCCGAUUUUUCAUUUUGUUUGUCUGAGGGGAGGGAAGUUGUUGUUUUUAGCGUAUCAUUUAAAUAUUUUAAGGACUUUUUUUUACAUAGUUGUACCAAAUACUCCUAUGAGGAAUCUAAUUAUAUAUGACUCUGUCAUGUGUCACAUGCAAAAAAAAAAAAAAAAUUGGUACGGGUAAGGUCGGGCGGGAUAGCUAGUAUAUUAUAUACGUGGUACAUCCAGAAAUAUUAAAUGUUUGAGGAAAAAUAGAAAUUUAAAAUUUAAAAAUAUAUGUCAUAACAGAAUACUUUUAUUCCGUUACCCACCUUCGGUUUACCUACUUUUCACCUAUUUUUUCUAUUCAUUAUUGACGCGGUCAAUACCAAAAAGGAAUAUGGAUAGAAAAAAAAAAAAAUUGGUACGGGUAAGGUCGGGCGGGAUAGCUAGUAUAUUAUAUAUGUUACGAAAGAAGAUAAUUUAUUGGUAUAUCAAAUUAUAAAAAAAAGACGGAACCUAAAGGUAAUAGAACCAGUGAUUACCUUUGAAGUCCUGUAAGGGGAAAGAGGUAAUAAGACAUAUUUGUUAUUAAAUGAGCUUUAAUAUUGAUCAUAAGAACGUCUUGUACACAAUUUGCACGGUGUCGCAUCCAGAUUUUUUCUACUUUUUCCUUACAUACCUAUUUAUUUCUGUUACAAUAUCAAUAAGUUAUUGUACUUCAUGAUGCUACACAGUUUUUAUUUUUAUUUUUUAUUAUUUCUUAAUGCUCACUAAUACUAUUACUGUUGCACAGUGUUGUUUUGAUAUAAACCCAACUAAUUUUUUUUAUUUAUUGUUUUCAUUGGUUAAUGACUGUGCUUUCCAUAUUUGUAUUUAGCAAAUUUGAAUUUCAGCUUUUGGUCUUCGAAUUUUAUGUUUUUUUUUUUUUUUUAAAUAAUUAUACGUCAUUUUACGUUCUAAUUUUUAUCUUUCUAAGCCCUCUGUUUUAUUUCAGCAAUGUCAUCGCCGUGUCUCCCCGUACAUUUCGUGGACGCACAACAAGGCGAAGCACUGACAGAUUAUAGAAAUAAAGAACUGAUCUGCUUUGCGGACUCUGCUGGAGAAAUAAGGAUGAUCACUGUCGAAAAGUUAGAUACUGAAUCGGACGAAGAGAAGAAAAUGGGUCAAAUGUUACAAAAUCGGGUGAACCAGUUGAAACAAUCAGAUCAGUAUAACGAAAAGUGCAAGGAGACACUUCAACCUCAGAUGAAUUACAAUGAUGACAAGUCAACAGCCCUCUCGUUAUCUUUUGAAUCACUAUCAAAAGUCAUCCAUUCGUACAAACAAUACAAAAUCGAGCAAGGCAAAGAGUACUACAGGUAGCCAAUAUAUUAUAAUAUAAAUCCACCAAACAUACUGGUGUGUAUCCCUCGAGUUUACUAAAACUUUCAGUACAUGUUUUUAAUAUUAAAAUUUCAGACAGUAUCUCGAAAGAAACCCGUGGUCUCGGUUGGUUAAAAUACGAGAUGAAGAAGAUACGAAAAAGCGAAACAUAGGCCAUAUUACUAGGAUCAAUAAUAAAUAA